AUGGAUCCCCCUCCCUCCACAGCCGCAUUUUCACUCACCGGAAUACUUGACUUCUGUCCCUGUGGGUUUGAAGCUCUCAAAUCAGAAGUGGAGGGUGCAGGUACAAAAUUAGUGAUAAGUGCAGAGAGAAGGAUCGCUCAAAGAAGUUAUCAUAUGAGGAAAUUUGAACUACUAUCGGACUACUAUACCUCAAGGCUGGCAAUCAAUAACAUAUUCUUCUUCGUUCCUAGUCCAGUUGCAACGAAAUUUAUUCGAUCAUCAAUAAUCCGGAAUACCUGUUAA